CGCAGAGCCUCUGUGUGGGGCUAGUGGACCAUGUUCCGUCCUAUAGGAGAGAGAGACUUCCAGACCUCGGCUCGAAGGAUGGGGACGUCCCUGCUCUUCCAGCUGUCGGUUCAUGAGCGAGAGUUGGACCUCAUGUUUCUUGACCACAGCUAUGCCAAACCCUGGAACGCCCACCCGGAUGCCAGCAGCGCGGGGCCCACCCGCAUGCUGUUCGUCACCCCUCGGCGGCAGCCGGAGCCUUCUGUUGAUUCGGACAUUUCCAUUGACGUAGAGACAGUCACACCCAUGCCAAUGCCUCUCUAUGACAAUCUGAAAGCCCGUAGUGUGAUGAACGAGUGUGAUCGCCACGUUCUGUUUGCUCGAACCAUAGCUGAUGGACCUCUGCCUCCCGAUGAUUGGGAAGAACACAUAAACAAGGCUGGCUGGUCUUUGGCUCAGAACAAGCUCUUCAAAAAAGUAUUGAAAGCACUGCAGGCAGAAAGACUCAGCAGAUUGGCCAAUGAGGGGGCCUGUAAUGAACCUGUCUUACGCAGGAUAGCUGUGGAUAAAUGUGCUCGUAAGGUCCGCCAUGCUCUGGCCAGCAUCAACUGGGACAUAAAGCUGACUCAGUGGCUUCAUAGCACACUUGUGGAGUCUUUGAGUCUUGCUAUGCUGGUCGCUUACCUUGAUGUACUGCAGACACUCAAAAGCAAGGUACCAUCCCUGAUCGACAGGAUGUUGCUGUCAUCCUCUGUAAAAACAGGAGCGGCAGGAGCUGAGGCUCUUUCUCUGCUGCUUAAGCGGCCAUGGGACCCUGCUGUGGGUGUACUAUCACACAACAAACCAAGUAAACUUCCUGGAUCCCCCCUGAUCCUGAUAGCUCCAUCAGGACCAACAAAUCCCUCCUUCUCUACCUCUCGACGAAUGAGAUUCUGGCAGUCUCAGCUCUCCUGUCUAGGGAAGGUAAUUCCCAUUAACGUUCAUGUGGGCAGUGGAGCCAACAUCGGAAUCACGCAAUGUGUAGAGCACAUGAUCGGCAAAGUCAGAGGAAAAGUCAUUGAGGAUGUUGAUGAUCCGCUGUUGGACAUGAAGACUCCAGUGCUGUUUGUGGUCGGUCAGAACACACUUCAGUGCAGUCCUGAGACUAUGGAGGAGUUCAGGCAGAAGAUUCAGGCUGAUAACAGCAUGGUAGUUGUCGGAGGUGCAGAUGACAACUUGAGGAUCAACUCCACUAAGAUGAAGACGGAAGGCGUGACCCAGACCAUGGUGGAUCGCUGCAUUCAAGAUGAGAUAGUCGAUUUUCUGACAGGAGUUUUGACCCGUACUGAGAGCCAAGGCCAUGGCUCCUGUGAGACUCGAGAUUUGGAUGCAGAAAAGAAGAAGAAACCUCGUCGUGAGCUGCCCUUUGACCCUGAGAGGUCACGUCCCUCUUCACCUGCUGUGAGGGUAUCCAUCUCCCCAUCUGGGUCUGAGGAUAUGUCCAGUGUCUGCAGUAGUCCUACAGCCAGCCCCAAACCCAAGAUGGUUGGACUUUCUCCAGCUCAGAAAUCCAGUCUCAUUACUGCCACACAGCUGCUGAAGACACACAUGCAGCGCUCAGGAACUGUGCUCACACAUAAACAAGCGCAAGUGCCGGUGCCCAGUGAGCAGGUGGAGGGUUUGGACCGAGACGACCUGAGGCUCCACCUCAAGAGAAGACAAACUCCCAGUCCCACUCCCACCAAAGCCUCCAAAAGAGCCAACAUCAAAGUCACCAUCGUCUCCCACGGAGACGCGGCUGGAAAUAUGGCAGGCUCCACUUCUCAAGAAGGAAAGCCCCUCGGACUGACAGUGGACCAAACUGUAUCUGGGGCCAAAGAGCUGUCUGGGCUUCUCAGUGCACAAAGGUCAGGAGGUUUGGCAGACAUGUCUGGAGCUUUGGGUUCCAGUGAAGGGCCGUUUCACAGCCUGCAGGGGAGUGUGAUGUCUGGUUCUUCCUCUCCUGUCCAGGCUCAGGCCCACGCCACUGCGCAAGCUCCUUCUGCCAGGAGUCUGCUGCAGGGCCUCAGCCUCAGUCUGCAGGAGAUCAACACUAAAUCACCAGGCGUCCCCUCCACCACACAGGUGUGUCAGGGGCAGGUGUUGAGCACACUAGUGCGGGCGCUGCCGGUCGUGUCGACGGGAUCCAGGAUGACCAAAACCACACCCAUCCACCAUCUCCUCACCAACGGCGGCCUGGCCAAACUAGCCCAUAGUCUGCCAGGACUGGCCCACGUCUCCAGCCAGAGCACGGGACUCAAAGUUCCCACCACUAUCACAGUUACACUGCGUGGCCAGCCCAGCAGGAUUCCUGCUCUCAGCCACAUGGUGACGCCAGCACCUGCUCACAGCACACCGGAAAACCAGGUGUGUGACCCACCAUCAUACACACGCUGAAGCAUGGCUGUCUGUUACUUCUCUCCAUCUGCUCUCUGAGAACCAGAGCCAAACAGGACAGUAGGUCGUUUCACCAUGCUUUGACUCAUGCUUGACAAAUUUGAGGAGCUCGUCAGAGUCAUUUAGGAUUUCCAUUAACAAUUUCCAUAAAACAAUUAUUUAUUUGUUUAGUUUCCUCGCUUCAGCACUCUGCGGUGUGUCGUCGGUGCGCUGCUGUAGUAACCGUCUCAUUGAGCAUGCUGAGAGAUGAGGUGUAAUUAUUUGCUUAAUCACUCUGAAGAGCAUAAUUAUAUGCUUGCCAUUUUUGUUUUGGAUCAGCUUAGGUAUUUGUAAUGGUUUAGUUUAUUUAAGAAUGCUUGUGAGUCAUAAAAGUACUAUAACUUGACUUUGUAAUUUG